GAUACCGCCGACCCCACGACAUCCCCUCGAUUCGCCGCCGCCGCCUCCCAAUCCGCCCCCCAAACGCUGCUCGGGUGGGGUCCAAGAGGCCACUGCAAUGGCUUCCUUGAAGCAGUUUAUCCGCAAUGUACGCGCUGCAAAGACGAUUGCCGACGAGCGUGCCGUCGUACAGAAGGAGAGUGCCGCCAUCCGCGCCAGCUUCAGGGAGGAGAGCCACGACUCCAACGUGCGGCGAAACAAUGUCGCAAAGCUGCUGUAUCUCUUCACACUGGGCGAGAGGACACACUUUGGCCAGAUUGAGUGCCUGAAGCUGCUGGCCUCUCCCCGCUUUGCCGACAAGCGCCUGGGCUACCUGGGUACCAUGCUGCUCCUCGACGAGAACCAGGAGGUCCUGACGCUGGUGACCAACUCGCUGAAGAACGACCUGAACCACCCCAACCAGUAUAUUGUCGGCCUCGCCCUAUGUACGCUCGGAAACAUUGCCUCUGUCGAGAUGGCUCGUGACCUCUUCCCCGAAGUCGAGACGAUAAUAUCAAGCGCGAACCCGUACAUACGUCGCAAAGCCGCAAUCUGCGCCAUGAGGAUAUGUCGCAAGGUGCCCGAUCUACAGGAGCAUUUCCUGGAAAAGGCCAAGUUGCUCUUGCAAGAUCGGAACCACGGAGUCCUGCUUUGUGGUGUCACACUGGUAGGAAACCUCUGCGAGGCAGACGAGGAUGAAGAUGACGAGAAUGGCGUGCGAGAUAUCUUCCGGCCGGCUGUGCCCAGCCUGGUCAAGAUACUCAAGGGAUUGUCAUCGUCCGGCUAUGCUCCGGAGCAUGAUGUCACAGGCAUUACCGAUCCCUUCCUACAGUGCAAGCUGCUACAACUUCUGCGUGUCCUAGCCCGCGGCGAUGCUCAGGUUAGCGAGCAAAUCAACGACAUCCUCGCCCAGGUCGCCACCAACACCGACUCUUCCAAGAACGUUGGCAACUCGAUUCUCUACGAAGCGGUGCUGACGAUUCUCGAUAUCGAGGCUGACUCUGGUCUUCGCGUGCUUGGUGUAAACAUCCUCGGAAAAUUCUUGUCAAACAGGGACAACAACAUCAGAUACGUCGCUCUCAACACUCUGAACAAAGUAGUCGCGGUCGAACCCAAUGCUGUGCAGCGACAUCGGAACACGAUCCUUGACUGUCUCCGAGACCCUGAUAUCAGUAUUCGGCGGAGAGCCCUUGACCUCAGUUUUACGCUGAUCAACGAAAGCAAUGUGCGGGUACUGAUACGAGAGCUGCUGGCAUUCCUGGAGGUUGCAGACAAUGAGUUCAAGCCUGUCAUGACGUCGCAGAUUGGUAUCGCGGCUGAUCGCUUCGCUCCAAACAAGAGGUGGCAUGUCGAUACGAUGCUGCGCGUCUUGAAGCUGGCUGGCAACUAUGUCAAAGAGCAAAUAUUGUCAUCGUUUGUCCGCCUCAUCGCUACCACGCCCGAUCUCCAGACAUACUCCGUGCAGAAGCUCUAUGCUGCGCUCAAGGAAGACAUCACACAAGAGGGUCUUACUUUGGCCGGUUCAUGGGUGAUUGGAGAAUAUGGCGAUGCGCUACUACGCGGUGGCCAGUACGAGGAAGACGAUGUUGCCAAAGAAGUCAAGGAAAGCGACAUUGUCGAUCUCUUUGAAACCAUACUGGGUAGUAGCUACGCUGGUCUGGGUGUUCAACAGUACAUUGUCACAGCAUCCAUGAAACUGACGACACGGUUAAACGACGCUGCACAAAUCGAGCGCUUACGGCGAUUACUACAAAGAUACUCGACCAACCUGGAUGUGGAAAUACAGCAACGUGCGGUCGAGUAUGGCAACCUCUUUGGUCACGAUCAAAUCCGGAGAGGUGUUUUGGAGAAAAUGCCUCCGCCAGAGAUUCGGGAGGAGUCGCGCGUACUGGGAGAAGCCACCAAGAAGCGACAGUCAAAGAUUUUGAAGAAGAAGCCUGCACAGGCAGCAACAGAAGACCUCCUGCUGGAUCUCAUGGGUGACGGCCCAUCGACUGACGCGAACGGUGCCUCGAACGGGACACCACAAAGCCAGGACCUGCUCGCAGAUAUCAUGGGCGGGGCCUCGUCCCCCCCGCAAACGUCUUCUCCAGCUCCACAAUCGAAUGUUGCUAAUAUUAUGGAUCUCUUCAACUCGGGUCCGAGCACUUCCCCAGCCCCCGCCCAAGCCCGAGCACCCCCGCAAGCAGCAUCGUCAGACUUACUUGGCGGUCUUGGUGGUGCGCCGUCGCCGGCUCCACAAAACACGGCACCUCCUGCGGCAUCUGGCCCGCCUGCGCACCCAGCAUACAACAAAAACGAUCUUCAGAUUACGUUCCAGCUCAAGCGAGACGCCAACGCAGUGCACGUUCUUGCACGGUUCCGAAACAACGGAAGCCUCGGCCAGCUCUCUGGCGUCAACUUACAGGCUGCCGUACCAAAGAGUCAAAAGCUGCAACUGCAACCCAUCAGCACAAGCGAGUUGGAGGGAGGUCAAGACGCGACCCAGCAAAUGCGGGUCACGGCCGUUAAUGGCCCGCCGCCAGCAAGGCUCAAGCUUCGACUCAAAAUCAGUUACUCGGCAAGCGGAGGGGCUCCGAUCACAGAGCAGGUUGAUUGGGCCGAGCCGGCUUGAUUGCCAACACGCAUCUAGUUUGGCAGUAGUGUCUUCAUGUAGCGACCAGCAUAGAGCAAAUAACAUAGCCGGUGUCCUUCGCUGUCACACGCAGCAGAUUUGGGAAUAGGACGCGCGGGAACGGUGCCACCAGAUCAGUGCACAGACUCGGUGCGGCAGAUCCGGCCAUCCGACCCCGCUAUCCAGGCACGACGCUUACUUGAAUGGCCGCACUUCCGCUUCCCUCUAGUCACGCACAUCACGCAUGGUGCAUCGGCCGCACGUAUCUCCCGUCUGUUCUGCUUAUGCUGUCCCCCCUAGCAAAUCAAUACACA